AUGUCUAUGUUUCGCAGGCCGGGCGAUUCAUCAUCAUCGAGUUCGGGGACUUCUGACGAAGAAAGUGAAUAUGAAGAAGCAAGCGAAUCAUAUCAAGAUAGCGUCCUAUCGAGAAUUCAAACUCUGGAUUCUGCUGCCUCAGGACAGCAGCCUCUUCAGCCCCACCGACCUCCUCUAGAGGUGCGGCAGAACUCUGCGCAAAACGUUCGAGAUUUGCUGUUACAUUCACUGUUAGAAGAGAGAACUAUCCGACAGGUCGCAGAGCAACUAGGAAAGGAUCCCUCAGACCCAGAAGCUCAGCGGCUGGGAAGAGCCGCCUAUAAGGAAAUCGCUCGUCAAAUCUCCAACAAUGUGGACGACGCUUAUGCGAGCGACGAGAUGCAGGGUCAUCGAGCAACUGCGAACCAAGGAAUCCAUCGAUUGACCCGGAGCAACCUCAGCAAACUUGCUGUGAUCCCCGAAGGAUCUUCACAGGCGCUUGUCACACGUCCAGGGACUGGGGUUCACUCACCUCUACCGCAACAGCCAACUCUUGGCUUUGAUAUCAUGUCUGGUAUCUCAGCUCCGGUAGAACUCCAACUGCGAGGCUAUCCUCAUCUCCAAACGGACCGGUACAUUCGGGAGUUUUCAGAACUUGAGAUUGUAGGAAAGGGCGGGUACGGAAAAGUCUUCAAAGCCAAGCAUAAACUAGAUGGCUCUUUCUAUGCUGUAAAGCGAAUACCAGUGAGCCCUUCCAAGGUCGCAAGAAUACAAGAGCAUGGGCCCGAAGAAUUGGAAAGCAUGCUCGAAGAGGUUCGCUCCCUGGCUCGGUUCGACCACAACAACAUUGUUCGAUAUCACAACGCUUGGCUGGAGUUCACUACGAUACCUACAGAGACUGCGACCGUACCAGAAGUGACGAUGUUACGAGACGAUCGCCUUUUGGAUGACCGGCCUGCAUUUCCGUCGUUUUCGCCAGGCUCUAGUGACCUGCAUUCUAAGCUAGACAGCCUAACGGUCGAUGAUCCCUUCGCAAGGACCGAAAAUAGUAACAGUGCUGGAAUUAUAUUCGAGUUUAGCGAAUCCGAACCGCAAUUGAAUGAGAUUAAGAGCGAGAGCGUCCAUCUAUCCUACAAAGAAACACUAAGGCAGACGAGACGCGCAAAGCGUCGGGGUAGCCAAGCAAGUCAAACCACGAUUGCUACGAUAUCGUCGACAAAGUCCCGAAUGAGUGCAGUCGAGGACGUUGACGAAGAUGAGGAGGAUGAUGUUGAAAACAUACCGAGAUCACACAUGCCAUAUUCGCAAGAGCCACUGUCCGAGAUGUCAGACAGCAUGAUAUCCAACAGCGAUGCGCCCCGCCACUUAAUCCAAAACCAAAGCCUCGGACCAGUCCUUACGUUGAACGUGCAGAUGAGUCUUUGCGAAACCAACCUUGCCGCGUUCCUCUCAUCUGAGCAACACUCUCCUACUACACAGGGGAUUGAACAACAUUGUUUCCAUCCUCGCAUAUCACUGGAGCUGCUAGACAACGUCGUCUCCGGAGUUGAGUACCUGCACGCACAAGGUGUAGUCCAUCGCGAUCUCAAACCAGCCAACGUCUUCUUAUCGCUCUCAAGGGCACGGCAUCCACCAUACGGCUCCGUCGACGUUUCAAGCUGCAAAUCUUGCCCGAAGCGUGAAUGCUUGCAUAUGACGCCGCGAAUCGGAGACUUUGGGCUUGUGGCGGCAUUGAGCGACAGCUGUACCGUAUCGGAUACCUUCAAACCUGUAGGAACAGAGUUCUACCGUCCGCACGCAAGUAGUCGUGUCAACGAGAAACUCGAUAUCUUCGCCCUUGGCGUAGUAGCUUUUGAGAUGGUACAGAAGUUCAGUACACGCAUGGAGCGGAUAGCAGCUCUGGCGGACCUUCGCCGCGGAGUCUUUCCAGAUGGCUUCGCGCAGAGUUUGAGCGAUGUGGGUCUCGACGUACAGCAAUUGAUUAGCAAUAUGGUACAAGGAGAUGAAGAAAAGCGUUCAGGUUGCGAUGAAGUGCGGAGCGAAAUUAGGAAGCUGGUGUAUGUUCUGAAGGCGUGA